AUGACACAAACGAUCGUGGAAUACACCAAUCAAUUUGGAUCAAAGAUUUGUGAAGCAAUCAAUACUAAACCAGCAAGUUUCAUCUCCGUUGCCUUUGGUCAACAUGAUUUUUUUGCUGAAAGACCAGAUAAACUCGAUGCAAAGACGGGUACCUAUCAUUGUUGUAAGCUCUCUUCUCUUACUGACAUAUCUUAUUUGAGACCAAGUACUGACUCCUCCCUCUUUGAACUUUCUAGAUUGCAUAAUUCAAUCAUGAAUAGUUUGCAGCUAAACCUAUUGGUCGUCUUAGUGUUUGUCUCAUUUGUAGAAGUCCAAAAUCUAACAAGUGGUAAAGCAUUACCGCCAGAUCGAGUCAAAGAAAUAAUUAGAAGCGCUCGGCAGCAUAUGAAGGCAAUAGUAUUCCAUUAG